AUGAUUGGCAUCGGGGCCCCUUCGCGCAAGGUCCUCAUCCUCACUCCGGAGGAGGCUCCCCUCUCCUCUGAGUUCUUCCUCUUCCGCGGCCCCGCCACCGUCUCGUCUUCUCUGUCCGAUUCUGUCGCCAUCACCGACGGCGAUCCCGUGCCCGACUCCCCGGGCGAGGACGGCAGUAUUGCGUCGUGGCUGGCUUGGAGCACUUGCAGGCUCAUUGGUGUGGGCGAAAUCACAAUGGAGUCCGCGGCACCGGUAUUCGAGGUGACAUCCGACUCGCUGGUGGAGCGCGUGCCCACCAACGUGCCAAUCACGGGCUGGAGCGCGUCGGAGCUCCCGCAGCUGGAAGAGCGGCUGCGGGCAAAGCUUCAGAACGCCGGCCCACCGACGCCGACGCAGCGGCACGCGGUGCCGGUCGGCCUCGCCGGCCACGACCUCAUCGUCAACAGCUGCUCGCACGACGUGCUCGCGCUGAUGCUGCCGCUCCUCUCGCCGCUGAUGGCCGACGAGACCGUUCACGCUGUGGCCUCGCCCACCGCGAACGGGGCCUCGAGCGGCGACAGCGCGGGCGGUGGCGGCGCGCUGAGUCGGCCUCGCGCGCUCGUGAUCGCGCCGACGCGUCCGCUCCUCGCCGCGGCGGAGGAGUGCGCCGCCUCCCUCACGCGAGGCUCCGGCGUACGGUACGCGGUCGCGGGCGGGUCCGCCGAGUGGGAGGAGACGCUUGCCGCGCUGCGCGUGGCGGGCACCAGCCUCGUCCUCGGCUCUCCUGGCCGGUUGCUCGACUUGGUCGGCUACCUCGCGGUGCUAGCCCUCGACCAGGUGGCUUGCGGGAGGGCGGGAGGAGGCGAGGCGGGGCUGUCGCACGAGACGCGAGGCUUGUGCUCGCUGCUCGCGCCAGGCCGCACACUCUUACUUAUGUACAUAGGCCUCCUCGUCCGCGCGUCCGCCAUCCGCGUGGCGUCUUCCGACGCCGAGCAGGGCGCGCUCUCCUCGAGGCUGGUGACGCAGCGCGCCGUCUACGCGGUCGACGGCGGGAGGAUGGACAAGUUCGCCCAGAUCGCGAGCAGCUCCGGCCUCGUCCUUUGCGUCGCGCGGCAGCGGCAGGACUGCGAGCUCCUCUCCUUUCGGCUCCGCGACGAGGGCUUGCCCGUGGCGGACGCGUCUGCGGAGCGGCUCAAGCCGCGGGAGCGGGAGGCGCUCCUCUCUUCCUUCGCCAGCGGCGAGCCGUCUGCCCCUCGCCCUCCGCACACGCACGACCAGACGUGCGGGCUGAGGCGCGGAGGGCACGUCGGAUCCGUCACCACGAUCGUGGGCGACGCGGACAGCGGCGACGCGCUGUGCCGAGUGGCGGCGGCGAUGCGGGAGGCGCGGCAGGAGGCGCGGCGACCCGCCAAGCCGACCGCGUAA